AGGCAGAAAUCAAUUAUCUAAUAUGCAAAUUGCAUAUGCAAUAAGUAUUUGUAAAAUUAUAUUAAAUCUGAAAAAUUUGCAUAUACAGGUGACAGAAUCUGUCAUAAAACCCGUUUUAACGAAGAAUUUGAAAAAAAUUACAAUUAAGGAUAAUUAUUCAUAUUCCGAUAAUGACGAAAUAGAAGCUUCCCAAGAAGCUGAAGAGACAAACAAAGGAGUUGAUAAAGCAGAAGAAGUUGAUGAAGUAGAAGAAGAAGCUGACGAAGCAGAAGAAGUAUUACAAGAAGAGGAAGAAAACGAAAUAAGAGAAGAAGACGAGGAGGAAGGCGGAAGAAUUUAUAUAAGUAGUACGGAUAAAAAGACAAAAGAAAGAAUGAGGCGAUUAAAAAAACAAUAUAAAAAAUAAAAUAAUAAUUGACUACGCAUAUAUUUUUUAUAUUUUAAUAUCCC